CAGGUGAAGCAGGAGCUGUAGAACGAAGACCUUGUGGCUUGCAAUCAUGCCAUUCCCUUUUGGCAAGUCCCACAAGUCUCCUGCAGACAUAGUGAAGAACCUGAAGGAAAGUAUGGCAGUUCUAGAGAAGCAAGAUAUCUCUGACAAAAAGGCAGAAAAGGCCACUGAGGAGGUCUCGAAAAACCUCGUUGCCAUGAAAGAGAUCUUGUAUGGCACAAAUGAAAAGGAACCACAGACAGAAGCUGUGGCACAGCUUGCUCAAGAGCUGUACAACAGUGGUCUUCUUAGUACCCUAGUAGCCGACUUGCAGCUAAUUGAUUUUGAGGGCAAAAAAGAUGUCGCGCAAAUUUUCAACAACAUUCUCAGAAGGCAAAUUGGUACAAGAACUCCCACAGUUGAAUACAUCUGCACUCAACAGAAUAUACUGUUCAUGCUAUUAAAAGGGUACGAAUCUCCAGAAAUUGCUCUAAAUUGUGGAAUAAUGCUUAGAGAAUGCAUCCGGCAUGAACCGCUUGCUAAAAUAAUCUUGUGGUCAGAACAGUUCUACGAUUUCUUCAGAUACGUGGAAAUGUCAACAUUUGACAUUGCUUCAGAUGCAUUUGCCACAUUCAAGGAUUUGCUUACAAGACACAAGUUGCUAAGUGCAGAAUUUUUGGAACAACAUUACGAUAGGUUCUUCAGUGAAUAUGAGAAGUUACUUCAUUCGGAAAAUUACGUGACAAAGAGACAGUCGCUUAAGCUUCUUGGUGAAUUGUUAUUGGACAGACACAACUUCACAAUUAUGACGAAGUACAUCAGUAAACCUGAAAAUCUCAAACUAAUGAUGAACCUUCUACGAGACAAGAGUCGUAACAUUCAGUUUGAGGCCUUUCAUGUGUUUAAGGUGUUUGUAGCCAAUCCUAACAAGACACAGCCUAUAUUAGACAUCCUUCUAAAGAACCAGACCAAACUUAUUGAGUUCCUCAGCAAGUUUCAGAAUGACAGGACCGAGGAUGAACAAUUUAAUGAUGAGAAGACCUAUUUAGUUAAACAGAUCAGGGAUUUGAAGAGACCAGCGCAGCAAGAAGCUUAAUCUCCAAUAAACCCUUAAAAUAUUAAAUCCAAAUUCAGCAUUUGCUGUUAGAUAUUCAGCAUCAGGCACUCUUAUCGAUUCAUGAGGAACAUUACUGCUAAUCUGCUGUUCAGUGAACGGUUUUUGUUUUUCUCUUUUCUUUUUUAGUCCAAGUUGAAAAACAUAGCUGCUGCUUUCUUGCACAAUGUGGACUUUCUUGAUAUUCGUGUCAUUUCAGAAUUCAAAGACACUGCUUGUUUUAGGAGUCCUGAAAAGAAAGAUUCUAGGUUCGUGAAAGCAAACAUAUAGAUACUAGUUUGGUUUAGGAGAGAAGGUAUUAAUGUAGUUAAGUAACAGGUUGCAUGCUUGCAAAUCUGAACAAAUCCGUAUGUUUGCACUUACCUUGUUUGAGAUAUGAGCACAACGUGACCCGUGCAUACCUGGCACCGUAGUAUAAGAUUAUAUGCCUUGAUUAAUAAAAAAAAAAAAUGUGCAGUGCUUUAUUUGUAAUCAAAGGGGAAAUGUAUCUAAGAUGUGAGCUUAUUGGGAUUAACAGUUGUCUUGCAAAUAAACUGAUAUUGAAACUUAGCAACUUUUACAAGAGUGAAAUCUCAAGGUUCAUAAGGAAAAUGUAUAUAUGCCUUUCACUGCUUUAUAGGAUUUUUUUUUUUACAUAAUUUGAUUUUUCUGAGAAUUGACUUGUAAACUUGGAAAUAUGUUCUAAGGGGUUUUGUUAAUUUUACUUUAAAGGUAUUUCAGACAGUAGACCUAGCAGUGACAUUUUGCAUUUCAUUUCAACAAUGCUUGCUGGUUUCUUUUGUAUAUAACUCCUAGGCUGCUCAUUUCUUUAAAAUAUGAUUUAAUUUGUACAGCAGAGGAAUGUUAUUGUAUUAGUCUGUAACUAUUACCUAAUAUUGAGUUUUGCAAAAUGAAUGCUCAUAUGUAAUUGAAUACUUCGGAUCACAUGGAAAUGCUGAUUUAACAAUCUUAAGUACUGCAGCAUUAAAAGGAAAACCAACCAAACAAAUUCUUUGUAUUCACUUAUCUAAUGGGGUGCCAUCAUUUAGAGUAGGCUGAAAUAGAGAACUGGAACCCUUUAUACUACAUUCUUACUGGAUAACAUUGGCCUUACUCAAUGAAGCUAGCAUUGUGCUCACCAGGUCUGCAAAUGGCAAAGAUUAUGCGAAAUUAAUAGCGAUUCCCUUUACUUCGGGGGAGCCUGCAGUGCAUCAUUUCUUUCUUACAGUAAAUAACUCAGUGCAGUAGUCGAGAAAGUGAAUUAUUUAAUUCCCUCUGACUUCAAGAACCAGUUUGACAGGUGUCCUAGGGUAACAACAUGAUUUAAUUUUGUUGAUUUUGUUCUUUAAUGCUGCAAACUAUCAGUAUUUAU